AUGAUGACUGGCCGUGUUCUGCUGGUGUGUGCCCUCUGCGUGCUGUGGUGCCUCACUGGUUUUGGAGAUGCAAGGGACAACCGCUGCAUUGAGGGUGAUGGGAACGUCUUGACGCACACACAUAAUGGAGGAAAUAACGGGCUGCGCCUGAAGGCGGAUUUUGGGUUGAUUUCCACCCAAAUAGGAUUAAUAAAGGCGGUUGAAGCUGGGGAAAGAGAAGAAGAAUCAGAAAGUGAUAAUGAUUCAUUGGUAAAAAAGGAUAAAACAGCGCCUGGUAGUGAGCCCGCUGUUACUGGGGACAAUGAAAGGCGUGGUACAGGAGUUGUGCAGGGUGUUGCAGGUGCUGGAACACCAUCCCUGCCGGCGUCUGGGCCUGGAGUGUCACGGACAGGUGCAGAAACCAGGCAGUUACCUGUGGCUGUUCAAGAAGGGAAUGAAAAAAAUAACUUGGAUCCUAAGAAAAAAGAGUCAAAGGAGUCCCAGGAUCAAAACACCGAUCAAUUGCCCUCUCCAUCUGGCAGCUCUUCCACUCGUUCUGAUGAAAAGCUUUCUUCAAAGGUUACUUCCAAGAUCACUCCAUUGCCCAAGGACACGGAGACGGAAUCAGGUGCCGAUCGUCAGGAUAAAACUGGAAGUGAGGAAGCGAUAGAGGAAGAGGAUGGGGACGAAGACAAGGAACAAAAACAAGAAAAAAACACAUUACAACCCGAGAAACAAGAGGGUCAAAAUAAUGGAGGAGGAGCACCACCAGUACCUGCACCACCAACAGGUGAAGAAAGCCCAACAGCAGAAAAGGAAAGCUCACAGAACAUAACCAAAGUAAAGAAGGAAAAUACACCGUCAAGAUCCAAAACGGACUCAGAAACAACGCAACCACCUCCAGGGGAUGCUACACAAGGGCAGCACAGUCAUGACACGGACACAAAGGAUUCGACGAAGAAUGCUGCAGCCGGCAGUCCAGCAGAAACAACAGCAACCUCAUCUACCUCUACAAGUGGCAGCGGUGAUCAUGUCCAGAAUAAGGCAGAUGAGGAUGAUGCUCAAAGCUCUGAAGAACAACACGACAGCCUUGAAACUGGCAACUCCAACGUUGUUCCACCACUCAGUGAUACAGCACCAAAAACAGCAAGGACAACCACCGACGCUCAAACACAUGGUACGGUGACAAAGGUUGGCGACAGUGACGGCAGCACCGCGGUCUCCCACACCACCUCCCCUCUUUUGCUUCUUCUUACUGUUGCGUGUGCUGCUGCGGUGGUGGCCGCGUGA